ACAAUAUUUAUUUUCCAAUUUGCAGGAGUGAGGUGCUUUGAAUCCUAAUAGCAGGCUUGGACACAAAUCGCACACUUCUUGGGUCACAAUAUGGUGCAAUUCAGAUCCCCAAUCAUGUCCUGGAAAGGGAUGAAACAGCUUGCCUUCACUUUGUCUAAGUCCACACGGAUGAUGUCAAGGCUGACUCUUGAUAAUGUCACACGUGAACCAUUCCAUCCAAUGAAAAGGGAUCCUGUUUGGAAAAGUGCAGAAGAAGCAGUAAAGGUGCUGAAGUCUGGUGACACUGUGUUCAUUCAAGGAUCAGCAGCCACUCCUAUGGUUCUUAUUGAUGCUAUGUGCAACUAUGCCAAGAGUGCUGGCUUGAAAGAUAUUCGAGUAUGUCAUAUGCACACUGAAGGGCCAGGCCUUUACAAUGAACCAGAAUAUGAAGGAAUCUUCAGGAGCAAUUCCUUCUUUGUUGGUUCAAACUGUCGCAAGGCUGUCAAUACAGGAAGAGGAGACUUCAUUCCAAUAUUCCUGAGUGAAAUCCCCAUGCUCUUCCACUCGGGGCACAUAAAACCCAAUGUUGUCUUGGUGCAGGUCUGUCCAGCUGAUGAUCAUGGCUUCUGUAGUUUGGGGACCAGUGUUGACUGCACAAGAGCUGCAAUCCAGCAUGCUGACUAUAUCAUAGGUCAAGUGAAUCCAAAAAUGCCUCGAAGUUUUGGUGAUGGAAUCAUCCAUGAAUCUCAUUUUGAUGCAAUGGUUUCUGUUGAUGUUCCUCUGUCUGAGGUGGAGACCAAACCAAUGAGUCCAGAAGAGGCUGAGAUAGGCAAGCUCAUUGCUGAAAAUCUUGUUGAAGAUGGUGCUACUAUUCAAAUGGGUAUUGGGAAUAUUCCAAAUGCUGUUUUAUCACUAUUGCACAAUCACAAGGAUCUUGGAGUUCAUACAGAAAUGUUCAGUGAUGGAUUGGUUCCUCUUGUUGAAUGUGGAGCAGUAAGCAAUCAUCGUAAAAAGGUCCAGAUUGGAAAAAUUGUGUCCUGUUUUGUUAGUGGUUCCAGGGUAGUCUUUGACUUCCUUGAUGACAACCCUCUUGUUGCAAUGAUGAGUGUGUCCUUCACCAAUAAUCGAAGUCUCAUUGCCAUGAAUCCCAAAGUGACAUCAAUCAACUCAUGCAUUGAGGUUGAUCUCACAGGACAGGUUGUGUCUGACUCCAUAGGCAGUAGAAUUUAUUCAGGUGUUGGAGGUCAGAUUGAUUUCCUGAGAGGUGCUGCUGUGUGUUCAGAUGGGAGGGGCAAACCUAUUAUUGCCCUGCAGUCUGCAACAAAACGUGGAGAGUCAAAAAUUGUGCCCUAUUUAAAGAAAGGAGCUGGAGUUGUGACAACAAGAGCUCACGUUCACUACAUUGUCACAGAGCAUGGAAUCGUCAACCUGUUUGGCAAGAAUUUGAGACAGAGGGCACAUGCUCUCAUCAGCAUUGCUCAUCCUGAUCACAGGGAGAGCCUUGAAAAAGAUGCCUUCGAGCGUCUCAAAUGCAUGCCCUCUCCUGAUUAGGCAAACCUGAGAUAUCAUCAUAGUUGAAAGACUGAUUUGAAAAAUCAUAUACUGAAUGUCUUGAUGGGUGCAUGUGUGAUAAUGAGUCAAUCAGUCUCUCUUCCCCAAGCAUAAGGUCUGUGCAGUGCAGUAUGAGACAGCAGCUUAACGUGUUCCAACUAUUUAAAAGAAAAAAAGAAAGGGUGGUCAUCUAGAGAUAAGUUCCCAUUCCAUUUAGCAUAGACCUGCAAAACCAGGCAAGAACUAGUCUUGAAGCUCUACCAAUAUUCCAAUCUCUUUCCUUGAAUCUGCUGGAUUUGUUGGCUUGCUUAAGGGUGCUCCACAAUAGAUGGAAGAAGCCCAGCUUCAAGCAAGUCAAAGCAUCCUCUCUUGUCAGUGUAAUAUGCACAAUGGGCCAUGAACAAAAUGUGUUUUAUUGAUUUGUGCUUGGAAAUGGUAAAUUUUCAGCUUCCCUGGUUUCAGAUCAGCAUGUCUGUAAUGCAGUGAUUUCCUUCCUUCAUAUGGCAAUUCACAAGCAUGAGCAUUGAGCAAAAAUUUGCCAUCCCCUAUGUCAUACAUUGUUUCAGUCUGCAUAUAUCAAGUAUCUUCAGUCUCCAUAUGUAAGUUCAAAUGAGCCUGAGAAGCUGGGAAAGCCUCUAUAACCUGCCUUACAUGGGACAGUGUUUUCCUUUCUUACCUGCAACCUUGGCCUGCUGCAUUUUCUCAUGUUCCCCAGGCAAGGUGUCUCUGCACAUACACUCUGAUAUUGUGUCUUUCUAAGGAGGAGCUUGUCCUUUUUCAUAAUGAUGUCCAUAUAAACAAUUUACUCAUGAGCCCAGGGAGCUGACAUAUGACAUGAAUAGUAAUGAGGGGCUUAGUUGCAUUUUUUGAGGAUGACUUUGAAUGGGACUGCUUGCUGAAUCCAUGGCAUGUGGCGAGCUCUUGAGAGACACUGUUCAUGAUCUCAUUAGUGCAAGACGCUCUCAUCAACUAGAUCUGUUACUUUUUUAUAUUUUUUUUUAUUAUCGAUUUUUCUUGAGAAUCUGGCUGACCUUGAAGGGUUGCAUAAUACUCUGGGAAAUCCCCUCAUUAUAUACUGGAUAUGCUUGUCAUUCACAUCCCCUUUACUUGUUGGGAGUCAUCAGGGACAUCCUUGUUUUUCAUUUAUGCUCUCAUGUUAAAAUGAAAGGCCAUGGUGUAAUCCACAUUCAUCAAAUGCUUUGGACCUGUGACAAAUGCAUGCUCUUUCCUGGGCGUGUAGUGGUUCACAUAUCAACACUCUUGGUAUAGGGAAGGGUUGGUUACAGAACUGUUCUUUACCUCAGAGCCACUUCUAAGUAUUAAACACUGAAGGAAUUUUUUAAGCUGGAAGUUGAAGGAUGCUUCAGCUGUUAUGAAAAAAUUUUCCACCUUGACAGAGCAUAAGGAUAUACUAAUAUUGGACAUCAUAAGACUAAGUGCAAUCCCAUCAGCCUAAUCGCUAGAGUGAGGUCUCCAGAAAUGCACUCUGUGUACAUGGAACUGCAGGUGGGCUGCAUGCAUCUUGAUUUGAAGCUGUGCACCUUUGCAUAGAAAGAACUUGUAACUUGUUAGUUACAAUUUUUUUUUGGUAUUCAUAUGCUGAUGGGAACUUAUUGGAUGGUGACACAUUCCUAAUCUUGUCCUUAUCUUCCUGAAUGGGAGAAAUGUAAGCAUGAACGAUGUGAUACUUCUCUUUGGCCCAGUGAAACUUUGAAUGGUGAGAAUAAUCUAGUAUUGUAAAGUAUCCUGUUUCUCUUCCUGCUUGUGCCACUCCUUUUUAAAAAUUAUAUCUCCCUCUGUUACAGUAUGUGGGUAUACUCUCUCCCCUCUUCCUUCCUCCUCAUUUCCAGAAUACCACCAAUGCCACUCUGUUGCUUUUGGAAUAUGGUGAAAAUUGCAUGAAGUUUCAUAGUCUCGGUUAAUAUAAUGUUGCCUUCCAGAUUCCUGGUCUUCACUUCUGUUUGUAAUUCCAUCUGGAGUCCCUAUAAAUGUGUAUGAAGUCUUUUUGAUUUCACGGCUCAAGUUGAAUGCUUUGUACAUUCCUAUUUCUGUGUUGCUGCUCCUCUAAUUAGCAGUCUCCGAUUUUUUAAAUUCUAAGGUGCCUCCUUUUUCUUUGGCUCUUUUCAUGGCCUUGUCAAAGAUCAUGCUGAC